CUGGAUGCAGACCGAGACGAGGAGGAAGUGUUUUGUGACAUCAGCAUGACAGUGGACAACAAGCUGUUUCCCUCCAAACUACCUGUCGUUGGCCCCAGUGAGCUGGAUCUCAGUCUCCUAGGAGACAAUACUAGUCUGGUAGACGUCCCAUUCAGAAAUGAGGAGCAGGUUGAAGAGGAGGAGGAUGAAAUGGGGUAUGCUGAAGGGACUGCAGAGAGGUAUCCUACAGACAGGAAGAAACCUAAAGUUGUCUUCCUGAUGGGUGGGCCGGGCUCAGGGAAGGCUGUGCAGUGUGAGAGGAUGGAGGAGAGGUUCGGGCUGCGUCGUCUGUCUCCUGGUGACAUCCUGUGUUCUGAACUACAGUCUCAUAGUGAGAGAGGACGUUACCUACAAGACCUGCUGGAGAGGGGGGAGAUUCUACCUGAGGACACGAUGCUGGAGCUGCUAUGUGAGUGUGUGACGUUAUCUCUGCGGCACGGGAGGGGCGUACUCGUAACCAACUUCCCCCGAGACCUACGACAAGCUCUGGAGUAUGAAGCUAAGAUGGGGGAGCCCAGUGCUGUGGUGCUGUUGGACUGUUCCCCUGACACUAUGUUCUCCAGGCUACAGUGUCCUGUCCUGUCCCGCUCCGCCCCCCAAACCACAGGCAGCCACCAAGAGAGAGACAGACACAACAGCAGGAGGGUAGAGGGAUUCAACAGCAACUGCCAACCUGUGACAUCACACUACCAACCCAAGAGGCUCCUACACAAGAUUGAUGCCGAGAGGUCUCCUGAAGAGGUGUUUGUUCAGAUCUGUCAGGCCAUGGACUCCUGCUAGAGGAACCCACGCAUCUCUACAUCAUCACUACCACCGCCCCAGAGGUCUAACUACUACCACCGCCCCAGAGGUCUAUCUACUACCACCACCCAGAGGUCUAUCUACUACCACCACCCAGAGGUCUAUCUACUACCACCACCCAGAGGUCUAUCUACUACCACCGCCCCAGAGGUCUAACUACUACCACCGCCCCAGAGGUCUAACUACUACCA